AUGCCUCAACACACUGUCUACCGGUUUCCCACCAGAAACGCCUUCGAGGACCUUGUUUGCUACCAAGAGGAUAUUCCAAGACCUCUCAACCACGAAGUCCUCAUCAAAGUUCGUGCUGUGGCUCUCAACUCAAGAGAUUGUCAAAUUGCUACCUCGACUUAUCCCUUUACGAUCAAAGACAAUGUCGUUCCAGGGUCCGACGCUGCCGGUGACAUCGUGGAAGUGGGUGACUCGGUGACGGGAUUUGCGAAAGACGACCGAGUUGUUGUAUGCUUUGAUCAAACCAGGCUAUAUGGACCGUCGACGCAUCCCGUUGCCGGUCAAUCUGGUGGUGGUGUGGAUGGCGUGAUGGCUCAAUAUAUCACCCGCCCAGCAUCUGCGGUCGUCAAAGUCCCACCCGAAGCUCCUCAGACAUAUAGUGAGCUUGCUACACUUGUGUGUACCGGAGUUACAUCUUGGAAUGCCCUCUAUGGAAACAAGCCCUUGGUCCCAGGUCAGGUGGUCCUGGUUCAAGGUACUGGUGGUACCUCCAUGACUGCACUAGUUCUGGCCAAGGCAGCUGGAGCUACCACCAUUGUUACUUCUUCCAGCGAUGAAAAAUUGAAAUUCGUUAAAGAAAAGUAUAACCCUGACUGGUGCAUCAACUAUUCCAAGACUCCCGACUGGGGUGCCGAAGCCAUGAGGCUUACUGGAGGCAAAGGUGUCGACCAUAUCAUUGAGAUUGGCGGUGCUGGAACUAUUAAAGAAAGUCUGGCUGCAGUCGCCCGUGGGGGUAUUAUCAGCAUCAUCGGCUAUCUUGCCAAAGUCGACCCUAAGUCAACGGCAGAUAUACUGAUUCUUGCUCUUGGCAAGGAAGCUGUUUUGCGUGGCCUUAUUGUUGGUCCCAAGUGUAUGCUGGAGGAUUUAGUGGCUUUUACAUCAAGAAGGCAACUGAGGUUCCACAUUGAGAAGGAGUAUGGGUUCACCCGGGAUGAAGUUUUGGCUGCCUAUCACGCGGUCGCUUCUGGGAAGAAUAUUGGGAAAAUUUGCAUUGUGGUCGAGUGA